AGUUCAUGGACAUUUGUCAUCUACAAGUUACAUUAAUUACUAGUUGUCAUAUUACUGGUCUGAUACAGCUGAAGUUUUAUAAAGCAAAUCCAGAGACAUCCACAAAGUAUGAAUGAUUUGAUUUUUCAUCUCAAGGUAAGACUGAUACAGGUGACACACCUCACCGGAUUCACCGGCAGAUCUUCCACCUGGAGCCCAUCUCUUCAGUAAUGUAGUAUCAAUAUAAGGAGAACAAAGUCUCCUUACUUAACAUCUUUUUUAACAGGUGAACAGCAACUGCCCCUACAAGAGCUGCUUUUUUUGAGGUCCUAUAAUCAUUUGACCUCUUGGAACUUUGGAACAUGUCUUACAAUCAUCCAUACCGAAACCCAGCUGAUUACAGCGCAAGCGAUGACAAGUACAAAGACUCGCAACGAAUUUAUCACCGGGAGUCUACCGCUUACAGGUCGCGAAUUAGGGGCGCAUCUCCAGAGCAGACGUCUCCAUUCUCAUCAGAACCUGUCCUCUCUUCUGUUAAGGCUUUGUCUUUUCUGCAUAGCUGUGGACUGGAUGCUGAAGACCUUCAAACUCUGGCCAAGCUUCCCGAGCAUCUCAUCGCAGCCAAUACUCUUCCUGACCUUCUUGCACAGAUCAAAAAGAAGAAAGCGUCCAGCACUUCUUCAUCUAGGUCCAGUGCGCUCCAAGCCAGUUCGUCAUCUCGCUCCUGGGACGACAGGAGCCACACUCAGCUGGUUGAGUAUCCAUUGGAUUUGCCUGUCCGUCAGUCAUAUUCCAUUCCUCGAGAGCAGCUUCCAACCUGGGAUGACCGCUGGGAAAACAUCCAACAAACAAGCUCUCCAUCAUGCACGUACACCAGUUCUGAGUCGAACUAUGUGGUGGAGUACAACCAUCUGAAAGACAAAGAGUCUUAUUUUGAUAAAGCGUCUUGUGCCACAGAACCAUCAAGGCAGAAAACGUCCGUUGUCCCGCAGUCUUACUCUAGCCACAGCAGAGACGUUAGUCAAUCCUCACAUUUGUCCAGCAGAGACGGCAGUCAUUCCUCACAUCUGUCCAGUAGAGAUGCUAGUCAAUCCUCCCACCGCUCUAGCAGAGAUGUCAGUCAGUCCUCUUAUCUGUCCAGUAAAGACGUCAGUCAGUCCUCACAUCUGUCCGGUAGAGACAUUGGCCAGUCCUCACAUCUGUCCGGUAGAGACAUUGGCCAGUCCUCACAUCUGUCGAGCAGAGAUGUUGGUCUACCGUCACUCCUGUCCAGCAGAGACGCCACUCCAUCCUCGCUCCUGUCCAACAGAGACGCCACUCCACUCUCGCUCCUGUCCAGCAGAGGCAUCGCUCCACCUUCUCUCCUGUCCAGCAGAGACGUCGGUCUGCCCUCGCUCCUGUCCAUCAGAGACCUUGCUCCACCCUCGCACCUGUCCAGCAGAGACGUUGGUCAAUCGUCACACCACCGGAGGACAGAGUCGGCUCAUAGAGUGCCUACCAGGAAGGAGGCGUCAGAUUUCCACGGGAAAACUCCACCAGUAUUUCCCUACGCAUGCGUGCUCUGCGAUAUCACUGUCCUCUCUCACAAGGACUGGUCUGUGCAUAUAAAAGGAGCCCAACAUGCGCAUAGUCAACUUAGUCUUGUGGAAAAAUAUCCAGCGUGGGAUCAGACAAUCCAGUCUGCUCGAAGAAAUGAGCCCCAUUCUGAUCGACUCGCGUCUAGAACAACACAGGAACGAGGUGGAACCUCAAGCAGUAGAAAAGGAUCGUUAGGCAGCAGAAAUGGAGCGUCGAGCAGUAGACGUGCAUCAUCAAGCAGUCAAAACCGCAAUAAUACUGAAUCGAAGUGCAAAGUGGUGUGUGUCAAGUUUGAAGUGGAUGAAUUCGACGAAGCUUACCUGAAAAAAUUGCUUGGCCAGUUUGGGGCUAUUGUCAAAAUUAUUAUGUUACAUAGAAUGGCUUUUGUGAAUAUGGGAACAGCAGGCCAGGCAGAGGAUAUAGUAAAAUAUUUCUACCAAAACCCUUUGAGGAUCAAAGGAGAACUGAUCAAAUUUACUCUGUCUGCAGCAGUCAGUUUCCUACAGACAUCUUGUGUAGUGAGCUUUUCACCGCUACCUUCUGGAGAUGGCAUACGCUCGGAGUUGACGGCCAUUGCUAAGCGUUUCGGAUCAGUAAAAAAUUCACUGUUUCUCCCAAGCCGGGGUUUUGUGGAGAUGGGCAGCAUGGAAGAGGCCAACAAAUUGGUGGAGCAUUAUUCAACCAAUGCACUCAAAAUAAAAGGAAAAACCAUUAACGUUUGCUCCUCAACUGAGUACCAGACACUUGGUAUGAAGGAUGCUGACAAAGAAAAAUCACCAGUACCUUAUAGCAGCAGGAGAAGGAGGAGGAGUUGCAGCCCAAGAAGGAGAUCCCACAGAGAUUCUCCCAGCCCCAAACGAAGAGCUUCUGAGGAGAGGUCCAGGUCUCGCAGGAGUCAAGACUCUAAGAAACAAGAAGAAAGUGGACGCUCACGGGAGAGAACCAAAGAGAGCUCAAAACGGGACAGCUCAUCCAAAUCCCGUUCUAAAAGAAGCACUCCUUCUAAAGACCAGAAACAAAAAACUAAAACAGAAGAGAGUGUGGAGGAGACUGUUGAAGAUGACAAUGAUCAGUCUGACGUCAUGGCUGAUGAUAGUGAUCUUGAAGGAGUGGCAGUUAUAGCAGAUGAUGGUGAGGCACUGAAUUCAGAAGAUGAGCUCACAGUAGAUGAAGAGACGGAUGAUGAGGUGCAUGAUACCUCAGAUGAACAGGAACAGGAUGCAGCUGAAGAUGUCCAAGCUGUGAACGAGUCAGAUGAUCAGACUAAACCUUCAGACAUGGACACAUUGAGCAUACAGCCAGAGACGUCAGAGCAUGUACCAACUGCUACAACUUCAGAUAGAUCAAGUGAUUGUAAGGAAGCCAAAGAGCUUCAACAAGGAAAACAAAAAGAGCUUCAAGAAAAGCAAAAAGAGCUUCAACAAGGAGAGCAAAAAGAGCUUCAAGAAAAGCCAAAAGAGCUUCAAGGAGGGCAAAAAGAGCUUGAGAAUAAGCAAAAAGUACUUCAAGAAGACCAACAAGAGCUUCAAGAAGUUGAGAAAAAAGAGAUUCUGCAAAAAGAGCUUAAACAAGAGCAUAAAGAGCUUCAACACGGAGAACAAAACAAGCUUCAAGAAAAGCAAAAAGAGCUUAAACAAGAAGAGCAUAAAGAGCUUCAACACGGAGAACAAAACAAGCUUCAAGAAAAGCAAAAAGAGCUUAAACAAGAAGAGCAUAAAGAGCUUCAACACGGAGAACAAAACAAGCUUCAAGAAAAGCAAAAAGAGCUUAAACAAGAAGAGCAUAAAGAGCUUCAACACGGAGAACAAAACAAGCUUCAAGAAAAGCAAAAAGAGCUUAAAGAAGAGCCAAAAGAGCUUCAACAAGGAGAGCAAAAAGAGCUUGAGAAUAAGCAAAAAGUAUUUCAAGAAGACCAAAAAGAGCUUCAAGAAGUUGAGAAAAAAGAGCUUCAGCAAAAAGAGCUUAAAGAAGAGCAAAAAGAGCUUCAACACGGAGAACAAUACGAGCUUCAACAAGAGGAGCAAAAAGGCGGUAUGGUGGAGAUGGAGGAGGAGGCAGCAGAUUUCUCAGAAAAUCUAGAUAAGGAGAGAGUGUUGACAGAACAAGGGGAUGAUAAGGAGAUCUGGACUUCAAGCACUGAGGAAAAGUUUGGCAAAGUUCUUGAGGUGGUAGGUUUUCCAGUGGCUAAAAAAUACAGUGAAGCAGAUUUGCUGAAAAUCGGGAAAAAAUACGGAGAUGUGGCAGGCUGCUGUCUGGUUCGCAGCAAUCGAAAGGUGGAGAAGGCAUUAAUUGAGAUGGUGAAUGCUGCCGAUGCUGCAAAACUUGAAGCCGAGUGUAAAAGGCAACAUAUUAAACUAGGUGGCAGAAACUUAAGGAUAACAGUGUCAAAGAAAUACAGCCAAUUGAACGAGGGGCAAAGGAUUGACUCUGAGAAAGCGAAAGUUAAGGAAGAUAUUGAAGAGAUCAAUAAGGAGCCCUCAAGCACACUGGCUUCUAGUGAGGAGAGUACAGUAGUGAUGGCUGAGACCGAGAUCUCUGAAGAAGAUGCUGAGGCUCAGGAAGGAAAGGAAACCAACAUGGACACAAUCAUGCAAGCAUCUAGUGAUGAGGAGGAAGCGUAUGGCAGAGUUCUCCAGAUCAGAAACCUUCCAAUGCCUGAUGAGUACACUGAUGCAGAUUUCCUGAGCAUCGCAGAGCCAUAUGGAAAAGUAGUACGCCAUUGGAUGUUUCGCCUCCAUCAAACGGGACUGAUUGAAAUGAAAAAGGCCUCUGAUGCUGAAAAGGUUGUAGCUGCGGCCAACAUGAAUAAAAUUACAGUUGCUGGAAAAAAUCCCAAGAUUUCAGUGUCUACCAAACAUGCUCAUUUAAAUAAAAGUGAUGGUUCUCUACAAGCAUCUACUGAGUUCGAGGAGGAAAAUGAUGAAUCCAAGACACAAAUCUCUGCUAUUUCUGAGCAGCUGUUUAUCCAAACAUCAGCGAAUGUCAAGGAGUCCUCGAAUGAUAAUCAAGAUGUCAACUCAAAGGCAGAUGAGAAGCAAGAUUCUGCAGCUGAUGAAGGAAGCGGAACGAAGGCGGAAAAUUCAGACGUCGUGUCAGAGAUGCAAACACCUGUGAUGGAUCCAGUGGGGACAGAGUUUGUUCGGCCUGUGGUGGGUUACUUCUGCAGCUUGUGUAAUGCCAUCUAUGCCAGUGAGGAAGAGGCCAAAGACGAACACUGCAGGACCCCAAUGCAUCAUCAAAAGCUGAAGGAGCACAAGGAGCGAAACAGUUCGACAUAAACCAUGACACGGAACAGAAAUCAUUCAUAGACAUUCAUGACCAUAGCAUAACUGUAGCUAAUUCACAUCAUAAUAUGUGUUAAAUGAUUAAGUGAUUCUGUAGUAAUGUAGAAAUUGUAAUUGUAAUUUUAUUUAGUCUUUUUUUUUAUUACAGCCUGUUUGCUGUGUUGUUUUUCUGUUUCAGCAGUGGUUUUAUCUGGUAAUCAACAAAAAGUAGUUUUCUUUAAAAAGCAUGUACUUUCGUACAGUGUACUGAACUCAAUUUAUAAGUAAAAUAGAAUGCAGUAAGAUCGUUUCUGCUCAAAUAAAGGCAUGUACAGUUAUCAACUAAACGCUUGUUUUCUUCAUGCGUGUUUUGAUUGGACGACUGAUGGUUGUCUCCGCCCACAGUAUGCCGUUUCCAUGGCAAUUCAACAUGGCCGCACACGGAAGACAACCUGUCUUGUCCUCCACCCCACUGCAGAUCCUGUUUCACUUGAACGGCUGGUAUUUUGCAGCGUUCUUCAUCGC